AUGGGAAGGGAAGAUGGGAGGGGGGAGAUUUCGGCAGUGGGGGAUACAGCUGAGUCCGAUGGGUCCCUUGGGGUAGAAGAGGCGUUUUGGGGUGCCCAAGCAUGGGGUGGAGGGGCACCGUGGCCGUGUCUCACCCCCCUUCCCUCCGCAGCCACCGCCGCUCACUUCAGCUUCUGCCGCAGCCUCCUGGAGCACACGGUGUCGGCCGAGAACCUCAGCUACCGCCUGCAGAGGAACCCCGGCAGCAGCCUCACCUGGCACGACGGCCGGAGCCAGCGGACCGACGGUGGCCGGACGGUCAAGCUCCUGCGGCAGCCUGGCACCGAGGGCUCGCAGGGCCGUGCCUGCGACCACUAUGGCAUCUACCACACCAGCCCCACGCUGGGCAGCCUGGCCAAGCCGGUGGUGCUGUGGACCCAGCAGGAUGUGUGCAAAUGGCUGAAGAAGCACUGCCCGCAUAACUAUCUCAUCUACGUCGAGGCGUUCUCCCACCACGCCAUCACAGGUCGGGCGCUGCUGCGGCUGAACGGGGAGAAGCUGCAGCGCAUGGGCAUCGCUCACGAGGCGCAGCGGCAGGAGGUCCUGCAGCAGGUCCUGCAGCUCCAGGUGCGCGAGGAGGUCCGAAACCUGCAGCUGCUCAGCCAAGAUUGUACCAUCACUGUGAACCGAGCACCUCUGGGAUGGGCUGUGCACCGCCGAUACGAGACCUGA